AUGUCCGGGCCCCCACCACUCCCGGCCUCGAGGCCAUCACCACCACGGCGCCAGGACUCGAUCGACGCCGCGAUCCCGGACGAGGCGCCGCCCGCCUACUCCGAGGUCGGGGCGAGUGGGGACGCGCUGAUUGACCACGGGCCAUCACGAAUGGACUUUUCCGGCCCGCCGCCGCUGCCGGACCGGCUGACGCAGACGCCCACGGGGGGCAUGGUCCUCCCCGGCGUCGGCGUGGGCUAUGGGCGCGUGGGUUCGGACCCCUCUACCCCGAUCUCGCCUAUCAGCACGGGCUACGCUGCGCCGUCGGCUCCGCCCCCCUCGCAUGGCGGCCCGAUCAACUCGCACGGAACGGGGUACGCUUCGCCAUCUGGCCCGCCCCCGCCGCCGCCACAACACAAUCGCCACUCGGCGCCGCCGCCGCCGCUGCGCGUAGAGGAAGAAGACGACGACCCAACGCCGACCGAGGCGCCCGUGCCAGGCCGCCCGCUGCUGCGCAACGGCCAGCUGCUCGUGUAUCCCAAGGGGCACCACUGUUCCAAGUGCCAGAACACGGGGUACAAGAACUACGAUCCCAACAACCCCUGCUCAUCCGACUGGCGCAAGUACGGCAAGCCGUACAACGGGGCGCUGGCCGUGUCCUUCAAGCAGCACUUCAAGCCGGGGGGUAACGGCGCGACAACCGCCAGCUCCAACUUCCAGAAACCGCUCCCAAAGCACCGGCCGGCGGGCCCGUCGUCGGCCCCGCCCCAGCGCCCCGCGUCGUCGUUCAUCCCGCCCCCGCCAGGACUGGCCGCCGCGCAGGGAUACCACAACGGGUUCCAGCCCGGCUUCCAGCAGCAGCCCCAGUGGGGCAUGCCGAUGCGCCCGCCCGCGCCCAUCCACACGUACGGCCGCCCGCCGUCCGGCGCGGUGGUCAUGCAGGCUGGCGACCCGCGCCUCGGAGGCCGCCUGUGCUGGCGCUGUAAUGGUGCCGGGCGCGAGGCUGGGUUCUUCCUGUUCGACGACCAGACGUGCUCGCAGUGUCGUGGGAUCGGGCGAGUCUUUUGA